AUGGAUAAGACUUGCGCAGCCUUGCAGGCUGCCCUCGGUUCCGACAAGGUCCUGUUUCCGGGAAGCGCCGCAUACGCCGCAGCGCUUACGUCGUAUUUUAGCCCGCAAGUUUCGGGCCUCCAUCCCCAAUGCUUCGUUACGCCCAGGUCGGUCCAUGAUGUAUCCUGCGUGGUCGAGACCAUGAAAGCCACCGGAGGUGAGUUUGCCAUCCGGGGCGGCGGGCACCAGUGGUUCCGAGGCGCGGCCAGUUGCUCUGGAGUCACAGUUGAUAUGCGCGGCCUCAACUCGGUCGUGAUGAGCGACGACAAGUCGAGUGUGACUGUCGGCGCUGGCGCGACAUGGGAUGCAGUCUAUGAAACCCUUGAGGCCCUGGGCCUCAGCGCCGCCGGUGGUCGUGUUGCUGGCGUCGGCGUCGCAGGACUCACUGCCGGAGGCGGCAUCUCAUAUUUCGGACCACGUGAGGGCUGGACCUGCAAUCAAGUCAUCUCGUUCGAGGUUGUUCUCGCCGACGGCUCCGUCGUCGAGGCCAGCGAGCAGAGAAACUCGGACCUCUGGCUGGCGCUCCGUGGCGGCGCAAACAACUUUGGCAUCAUCACCAGCUUCACUAUCAAGACGUUUGAACAAGGCCAGCUAUGGUCAAGCCUCACACUGAAUCCACUCUCGGCAGUCGAGCAGCAAGCUCAGACGUAUGCCAAGCUUAUGGACCCGGCCAACUACGACGAGAAUGCGUCGUUUCUCUUCGGCUGGUCAUUCAACAGUACGCACAAGUUGAGCGUCGCUCUGAACCAGCUGAUCUACACCAAGCCUAAUGGCAACGAGGUUCCAGCCUUUUAUCAACCGGUCCUUGACCUGCCGACAAUCCCUUACCCUGCCGCCGGCGCUACGGUGGCCAGCAUGUCGACCCUCGCUAGACAAGGGGUCUCAUUGCAGCCGCCACAAGUGGCCCGUUACCUCUCAACAACGCUGACGUUUGUGCCUACAGAGGCAAUGAUCCAUGCCACGUUCGACGCCUACAACGCCAGCUUGCCGUCGGUACAGAACAUCGCAGGCAUCAGGUGGAACAUCAACUUGGAGGCGCUGCCGCCGCAGCUGUACUCGCGUGGCGCCAAAGAUAACGCCUUGGGGCUCGCAGACCGAACCGAGCCGCUCGUUGUGUGUCUUUUGUCGCCCGCGUGGUCUGAUGCCGGCGAUGAUGAGAAGGUAUAUGCCGCGGCGCGCGCGCUGAUGGAGGACAUUAAUCAUAGAGCAAAGGACCUCGGAGUAUACGACCCAUUUAUUUACAUGAAUUACGCGGCGCCGUGGCAGGAUGUGAUUUCAAGCUACGGGCAGGCGAGUGUGGCACAGCUGCAGCAAGUCAGGUCAAGGGUUGAUCCCCAUGGCAUGUUCACCCAUCAAGUUCCGGGAGGGUUCAAGAUCCCGUAG